AUGCCCCAGCCAGAUUUCACUGCUUUCGAAGGCGAGCGCCUCGCACAGCUACGUGCGAGCGGCCUGCUCGACUCUGAUCCGGAGGUGCCCUUCGACCGGAUCACACAGCUUGCCGCCAGCAUCUUUGGCACACCGAUCUCGCUUAUCAGCUUGGUCGAGGACAACCGGCAAUGGUUUAAGUCGCGAGUUGGUCUCGACGCCUCCGAGACGGCACGAUGUGUUUCUUUCUGCGCGCAUGCCAUACAAAUUCCGAACGUGUUUGUCGUACCUGACGCUUUGUUGGACCUGCGCUUUUCAAAUAACCCUCUCGUGACUGGUGCUCCAAAUAUCCGGUUCUACGCCGGUGCGCCCUUGCGGACGAAGGAGGGGCUUACGCUCGGUACCCUUUGCGUAAUCGAUACAAAACCGCGCGUGGAUUUUGAUGCAAAGGCGUGCGCAAUCCUUAGCGAUCUAGCCGCAAUCGUCAUGCGCGAGAUCGAAAUGGGUCGGGAACUUGAGGACGGGAAGGCCGCGAAGCUGGCGCUUUUUGAAAGCGAACAGAGGUUUCGGGGAUCUAUGGAACACGCCGCAAUUGGCAUGGCCCUAGUUUCUCUCGACGGCACUUUCCUUGAAGUCAACUUGGCGCUUGCCAACUUCCUUGGCUACGAGCGGGAAGCGCUAAUGCAGCGCACAUUCCAAGAUGUCACUUAUCCCGAUGACCUGGCUUUAGAUCUGCACGAAUGCGAGCGGCUGCUAGCUGGUGAGAUUGACGAAUACCGCCUCGAGAAGCGCUAUAUCACCUCUGAUAACCGUGUGGUUUGGGGUAUGCUCGCAGUCACACUUGUUCGUUCGGCGGAUGGCAAACCACUACACUUCGUGUCUCAAACAGAGAAUGUAACCGAGGUGCACCGCCUUGCCGACGAACUACGUAAGGACAAGGAGGUACUUUUGGCAUCUGCGCGUGAGUUGCAAAAAGCUCACGACGAUGCCGAAGCAGCCAAUCUCGCAAAGUCAGAAUUCCUUGCGAUCAUGAGCCAUGAGCUGCGCUCGCCACUCACCGGCGUCCUCGGCUUCGCCCAGCUCUUACAAAUGCCCGCUUUUGGUGAGCUCAACACCAAACAAAGGGAGUAUGUAGAGCACAUCAUCAGCUGCGGGCAGCUCGAACUCGAUCUGCUCAACGAUAUACUUGAAUUGAGCAACGUCGAAGCCGGCCGCGUGGGUCUAGAAAUGAAGGCUGUCGAUCCGGUGAUGGUGCUCCGGUCGGCUCUCAGUAACGCUUCACAUGCGGCAAACGCACGAGGUGUUCUGCUGCAGCAAGACACCAGUACACUGGUUUCCCCUCCGGUGCUUGCCGACCCCGUCCGCCUAGCUCAAGUGCUGAACAACCUGCUGAGCAACGCUAUAAAGUACAAUCGCGGCUCCGUCGCCCCUCACCUGACUGCGGACGAUGCCGGGGUGACGAUUACCAUCACUGAUAAUGGCCCCGGUAUUGACACCGAUCGGCAACUCGAACUGUUUGAGCCGUUUGCGCGCCUAGGAGCCGAGAAUACACAUGUAGAAGGACAUGGGAUAGGAUUGGCUCUCUGCCGCAAGCUGAUGGAGCUGAUGGACGGCGAUAUCGGGGUCCGAAGUAUUCAAGGCGAAGGCAGCAGCUUUUGGAUACGCCUCAAUCUUGCGCCAGCACCACCUAUGCAAACUGCAGCACCAUCAGCAGAGCUCGACACGUCGCAGCGCCUUUGUCUGCUGCAUGUUGAGGACAACUACGCCAUUCGUGAGUUGAUCAAAAACUUCGUCGAGAUGCAUCCUGGGAUUGAGUUGCUCCAGGCAGAGAACGGCACGACCGGAAUAGAGCUCGCAAAGCAGCGCAUCCCCGGUAUGAUACUCCUCGACAUGAACUUGCCAGACAUGAACGGUCUGAAAUUUAUUGAGCUUUUGCGGGAUUUGCCGCCAUUGCGCUCGGUGCCUGUCACCAUUGCCAGCGCUUCGACUGCGCGCGAGCAGAUUGAACUCGCUAAGGCAGCUGGAGUAAACUCAUUUUUGCCCAAGCCACUUAACCUGCAACAUCUCAGCGAAGCUUUUACCGCUGCUACGCAGCGAGAGUGCCAUCGAACCGCCUAA